GAAGUGAGGCGGAAGCACAUUCGUCUGCACAUGGAAGGCGCACUGACCGCCCGGGACAAGGUCGGGGUCCAGGAUUUUGUGCUGUUGGAUGCGUACACCAGCGAAUCUGCUUUUCUGGACAAUCUUCGCAAGCGUUUCAGCGAGAACCUCAUCUAUACAUAUAUUGGGACCCUCCUUGUGUCUGUGAACCCAUACCAGGAGCUUGGAAUCUACACUGUGAGCCAGAUGGAACUUUAUCAAGGGGUCAAUUUCUUUGAACUGCCACCACAUGUCUACGCCAUAGCUGACAACGCUUACCGCAUGAUGUGCUCUGAGCUAAAUAACCACUUCAUCCUCAUUUCCGGAGAGAGCGGGGCAGGGAAAACGGAGGCCUCCAAGAAGAUUCUCCAGUAUUUUGCAGUGACCUGCCCCAAGACCGAGUCACUACAGAUAGCUCGUGACAGACUGCUGCUCUCCAACCCAGUGCUGGAGGCUUUUGGAAAUGCCAAAACACUCCGGAAUGACAACUCCAGCAGAUUUGGAAAAUACAUGGACAUACAGUUUGACUUUAAGGGCAUUCCCGUAGGCGGGCAUAUCAUCAGUUACUUGAUAGAAAAGUCUCGAGUCAUCUAUCAAAAUCAGGGUGAGCGGAAUUUCCACAUCUUCUACCAGCUGCUAGAGGGUGGAGAGGAGGAGCUCCUUGCUUACCUGGGACUUGAGCGAGACCCCCAGCUGUAUAAAUACCUCUCACAGGGUCAUCGUGCCAAAGAGUCAUCUAUUAACGACAAGAAUGACUGGAAAACUGUUUCCAAUGCCUUUUCUGUCAUCGAUUUUACUGAAGAUGACCUUGAGAAUCUCUUUGGAAUUAUUGCCAGUGUCCUGCACCUGGGGAACAUCUGUUUUGAAGAGAACCAGCAAGGCUGUGCUUCCAUACCAGACACCCACGAGAUCAAGUGGAUCGCCAAGCUCCUAGGGGUCCACCCAGGGGUCCUUCUGGAAGCUCUCACCCAUAGAAAGAUUGAAGCCAAGAUGGAGGAGGUGAUAUGCCCGUUGACGCUAGAACUCUCUGCCUGUGCUAGAGAUGCAAUGGCAAAGGCUGUUUAUGGGCGGACAUUUACUUGGCUGGUCAACAAAAUCAAUUCCUCCUUAGGGAACAAGGAUUUUACUGGGAAAACGGUGAUCGGAUUGCUGGAUAUCUAUGGGUUUGAAGUCUUCGACAAGAAUGGUUUUGAACAGUUCUGUAUAAAUUACUGCAAUGAGAAACUCCAGCAACUAUUAAUUGAGAGAACCCUAAAAGCGGAACAGGCAGAAUAUGAAAUGGAAGGUAUAGAGUGGGAGCCAAUUCAGUAUUUCAACAACAAGAUCAUCUGCGAUUUGGUAGAAGAGAGACACAAGGGAAUCAUUUCCAUUCUGGAUGAGGAGUGUAUUCGUCCUGGUCCUGCUACAGACUUGAGUUUCCUGGAGAGGCUGGAAGAGAAAGUGGGCAAACAUGCACACUUCCAAACCCGCAAGCUGGCGGGUCAAAAGGGCCGAAAGAGGAUUGGCUGGAUGGAGUUCCGGCUCUUCCACUACGCGGGAGAGGUCACGUACUGCACCAAGGGAUUCUUAGAAAAAAACAAUGAUCUCCUCUAUAGACAUCUGAAAGAAGUGCUGUGCAGGUCCAAAAACAGAAUCCUGAAGGAAUGCUUCCUGGUGGCCGAGUUAGAAAACCGGAGAAGGCCACCAACAGUGGGGACUCAGUUUAAAAACAGUCUGAGCAGCCUUCUGGAAAUCCUCAUCUCUAAAGAACCUUCGUACAUCCGUUGCAUCAAGCCCAAUGAGAGUAAAGAACCCAGCAAGUUUGACGACUUGCUCAUAAGGCAUCAGGUCAAGUACCUGGGGCUGCUGGAGCACCUGCGGGUGAGACGGGCCGGCUUUGCGUACCGACGGAAGUACGAGCAUUUCUUGCAAAGAUACAAGUCGUUGUGUCCAGACACGUGGCCGCACUGGCACGGGCCUCCAGCAGAGGGCGUAGAGCGGCUGAUCGAGUACAUUGGCUACAAACCCGAGGAGUACAAGUUAGGGAGAACCAAAAUCUUCAUUCGCUUCCCCAGAACUCUGUUUGCUACUGAAGAUGCCUUUGAAUUUAGUAAACAUCAAUUAGUUGCGAGAAUCCAAGCUACAUACAAAGGCUGCCUAGAAAGGAAAGCGUACGUGAGAAAGAGACAAGCAGCCAUUAAACUCGAAGCCCACUGGCGUGGAGCCCUGGCUCGGAAGGAGGCCAAAAGGAGAAAGUGGGCGGUGCAGAUUAUAAGAAAGUUCAUAAAGGGAUUCAUCAAUCGCAACAAGCCCCUCUGUCCUGACAACAGGGAGUUCGUCGUGUUCGUGAGGAAGAAUUACAUCCUGAAUCUCCGGUAUCACGUCCCAAAGAACAUCUUGGACAAGAGCUGGCUGAGGCCUCCUGGCAUCUUGGAAAAUGCAUCGGAUCUGCUCAGGAAAAUGUGCACAAGGAACCUGGUCCGCAAGUACUGCCGUGGGAUCACAGCCGAGAGGAAAGCCCUGAUGCAGCAAAAGGUGGUCACAAGUGAAAUAUUCAGGGGGAAGAAGGAAGGCUACGCAGAAAGCAUAAAUCAACCCUUUGCCAACAGUCGAAUAGGUGAAGGAGACAUUAAUCCCAAAGUGCUUCAACUCAUCGGCAGUGAGAAAAUCCAGUACGGUGUCCCGGUCACUAAAUACGACAGGAAAGGCUUCAAGGCACGGCAGCGGCAACUCCUUCUCACUCAGAAAGCAGCUUACGUGGUGGAACUUGCCAAAAUCAAGCAGAAAAUAGAGUACUCUGCGCUCAAAGGUGUCUCUACCAGCAGCUUCAGUGACGGAAUCUUAGUCCUUCACGUUUCGCCAGAAAACAACAAGCAAAAGGGGGAUGCUGUCUUACAUUGUGAAUACAUAUUUGAAGUGGUUACAAAGCUUGUCAUGCUGGUGAAGAAGGAGAACAUUGUAAAUGUUGUUCAGGGAAGUUUACAGUUUUAUAUUAGUCCUGGAAGAGAAGGCACAAUAGUUUUUGACACUGGACCAGAAGAACAAAUCUAUAAAGAUAAAAAUGGACAGUUAACAGUGGUGAGUGGCCGUGUCUGGGGAGGGAGGUGUAGGCAGUUUUAA